AUGACCUCACCGCCUGGUUCUCCAUCUCAUCUCCACGUUCGAAAACUUUCAACAACAAAUGAAGAUGAAGCUAAAACAUCACCAAGAAAACCAGGAAGAAAGGUACUUUCUUUUUAAUUUUUGUGGUUAUUUUUUAUUCCAAAACGAGGGAAAAAAUUCAUUCCCAUAGUUAUUCAAAAAGUGCAUACACUUGUUGUUUUUCUUCUGAAUCGGUAUGACUUUUUUUGGCUCUGCACUGCACUGCUCCAAUUUUUUGAAUAUAAAAAAAUGUUUUUUGUUCAAAUUUUUGGAACAAAAAGUGAGCAUCUGUUUCAAGUUAUUCAGUCAUCAACAACCGAAAAAGUGCGUUUUAUUAACCUCUUGUUUCAUUCUUUUCAACAAAUUUCUUGGGGCGGAAAAAUGACAUGUUUCUAAUAAUUUCUAAUAUGAAUACAUCUAUUUUUUCUCUCUAAUCCUUUUUUAUCAACAUAUUUCCGAUUUUUAUUUUCUUCUACUAUCAAUUUUUGUUUUUUCUCUCAAAUAGAUCUCCAUUCUUUUUUUGUUUUAUUGCUCGAUUUUAAUAUGAAGAAAACUUGAGUUCCAAAAUUGUUAGUGACUGGAAAAUCAAUAGAAAAAAAAACAAAUCGUAUCUGUAUUUUUUUUGGACAUUUGGGCUUCUUCAUUUUUUUCCUCUCAUAUUUUUUAUCCCUUCUAUUCAUACCCGAUAAUCCUCAUUAGGUCUUCUUCGAUCUAUCCAUGCCCCGAGUAUACUUUCAUAUCUUGAUUUCAAAUUGUUUAAUUUAUUUGAUUAUUGAUUCGAAUUGUUUGGUUCAAAUUUCAGAGUUUUUUCAAGUUCCGCCUUAUCAUUAGAGCAGUAACAAAUACAAUUUUUGAUAAAAAUAACAAUUCACAGUUUGUGCUCAAUUUCUUCGAUUUAAUUUUUCAAACUACGUAAUGUUUUAAUUUCAGCUGAGUUUGUAUUUUAUUACAUGAGCUGAAUAAAGAAAUGAUUAGAAAGAUACAAAUAUAAACUUUUUCUGAAAAUCGCACAUCUAGUUUUUUAAACCCUAAUAUCUAGGUUUCAAAGUUUUCGAAACUUUUUGUGGUAGGUCAAACAUAUCCUCGUGUAAGUUUUUGUCAUGUCUCAAAAAUGCGGGAAAUUCAUGUGAUAAAAUAUAUUCUGUGUUUUUAUCAAGUUAAUCUGUAUUAUAAUCAAUAGUGCAUAAUGAACACAAUAUAAAAUAUCCAAGUUAUCGUUUUAUAAAAUCUCGUGCAGUUCAUAGUUUUUCAUGAGUUUUUCUUCAUUCGUGACCAAAAAAUAAAUUCUUUAUAUAUAAAAAUAUCAAUUUUUCUCCAAAAUUGUUUUUUUUCAGCUUGUUGCUCUUUCGGGUGAAGAAGACAUAAUGAGUGGUCCGCCACCGGUCCAACCACCAAAAAGUCGUUUUCGAAAUGGUCAUGCCUCGUUCAGACUUCGAAUGCUCCAAGAACAACAUGGAUCUGGUUUUGAGCCUGUGAGUUUUUUAUUCUUUUCAGUAGACAACAAUUUUAAUUCAUUUUUGUCUGAUGAAAACGCAUGUCACAGUUUUAUCGAAAAAAAGAACACAAAAAAUGAACACAGACAAUUUUCUCUAACCCCUUCUCUCCUCUUUCUUCUUUUUCUUACUGCACAUAUACUUUCCAAGCAAGUAAAAAAGGGUGCAGAGAAACAGAGACGCUCACAUAGUCUACAAUUUUCUAUGCGAUGGUUAAUGUGGCCGCGUGGCCUAAUGGAUAAGGCACCAGACUUCGAAUCUGGGGAUUGCAGGUUCGAGUCCUGCCGUGGUCGAAAUUUUUUUCUUUUUUUUUGCUCAUUUUCAUUUUCGUUUUUAUUUAUAUUUGUUAUUGAAUUUGAAAGAGAUUAUUAUCAGAACUGCUUGCAUUGAUAAAUAGAGAGAUUUAUUAAUCCAGAUAUUGUGAUGUCCUUUGAAUGAUAAUCCCCUCUAUCUGGAUAUCACUAUAGAGGAAAAUUUCAUAUUAUAUUUCAUUUUUAUAUGAAUGUAUUUGUUGGCUACAGAAAAAUGAAGCCCGAUUUUUGUUUAUUUGGUUUUUAUAUGUAAAUUUGGCAAUGUAAGGUGAUACUCUUUAUUGGAAUUCGUUUUUAUUUCAAAGCAUAUAUAUGACUUUUUAAGAUCAAAAUAUUUUAUUGUUAUUUAUAACAAAACCUUUUUGUUGAAAAUGCACUUUUCUUCGUCUAUUCAAACCUAAUCCGCAUUUUCCUCGUUUCAUCAGUAACUCAAGUUCAUUAUGAAUCAGAAAUAUGUUUUACACCAGAGAGAAAAAAUCUAUGUCAUAUGUAUGUUAAGACGAUCAAACAUGAAUAUGAAAAUCCUGCGUUGAUUAAACGAUUAUCCUUUUUUUUUCCAUUCUCGUCUCGCACUUUUUUUUCAAUUUUUUUCGCCGAAAUGUCUCAUUUCCGUUAUAAAAUGAUAAAAAUAUAAUAUAGAUAUUUUUUGUGUGCGUCUGAAAAUACAAAUUCAUAUUUUUUUGCCCGAUCUUUUCUUGUUCAUUCUAAUUUUAUGGUUUUCUAGAAAUGUCUUGGACUGCAGCUGGCGAGAGUUCUUCAUGGGUUUCAUCGAAAAUGAAGGAAAAGGUAUGUGAUGUUCUAUCGAAAAGCGCACAUUUUACAAGAAGCCAUAAUUUAUAGACAGAUAAACAUAAAUUGAAACCUCAAUCUGUUCCAACUUCACCUGCUGCUACCGGAAAAACAUCCGAAUCAUUGUCCCCUUUUGAAUCAGCCUUUCAAGGGUAUGUUGCAUCGGAAAAGUAAAUAUGAAAAAUAAGUUUCCAGAGCAAAGGUGAAGAAAAUGAGUUCAAAAUCGUCUUCUCCUCCUGGAACUCCAUCCGGAGUUAAAGAACAUAGAGAAAGUUUCAAGAAUUCUUUGAUGCGGUGAGUGAUUCGAUACUUUUUUGUAUUCAACAAAAAUGUUACUUUAUUGCGUGAAAUGUAAGUAUCAAAGAUUUGUAUAGUUUUUGAUCUUCAAAGUCUAAAACAUUUCUCCUUUUUAGAGUAACUUCCGGAAUUAAAGUUGCAGUCUAACAUGGAAUCAAAAUGUUCAUUCUAGUUUUCUUUUAAUUGAAAAUUUUGUUUUUUUGACAUUUUUCAAGUAUAAGAAAUCUUUAAGAGUAUUGGAAAACAACAUUCUGAAAUAUUUGAAAAUUUGAAGAAAAGUUAACAUUUCCAGAAAUGCAAUUGUAUUUUAACUACGAUAUUUAAAUCUUCGGAAAUUUAUGAAAUUUUUUAAAUAAAAAAGGUUGUGGGUUGUAAAAGACUUUUAAAAUUAUGAUAAGAUGUGAGCUGAUCUACACUUGUUUCAUAAAAAAUAGGUUACCUAAAAAACGAAUUAUUUGUCACAAUAAUCACGGAUUGUAAUAUAUUACAAAUUCGGAAUACAACGAAGAAAAUCGAAAAACACUACGCGUGAAGCGCAAAAAUCAUUUUAGUAGUUGAAAACUUUUCAUAGAGCUGAUUGUUUUUUUUUGCUAAAAAUACUAAUUUUUAAAUUUCAGAUGUUUUUUUCUGUCGAACGUUAAUUCAAUUACCAUUUCAAUUAUUUCACAAUUUUUAGAGUUUAAUUGUUCAAAAAAUAUGUUUCUUAUUGCAUACGAUAAAAAUUUUAUUCAUUUUGAAAAGGUUUUGUUCAGAUCAUUCAGUACAAGUUCUGGAAAACGUCAACCAACAUCAUCGGGUUCAAUUGGUGAACAUCACCAUCUUGAUCUCGAAGCAUCAAUUCCUCCUCAACACACUGAAAAUCGUGUUGUCCGCCAAUUUCGAUGUGCUCACGAAUCAUUUCGUCGUCGAAUGUUUCAAGAACAACACGGAUUUGAGCCGGUAGUAUGUGCACUUCACUUACUUCUAUUUUCCCUACCUCAAUCUAUAUUUUCCCUUUUUCUCAACUUCAAAUGACAAUAGAAUUUUUAAACAAGUCGCAUGUUGUUUGCAUGUUGAAAAAACAAAUAAAAUUUCAGUUGUAUAUUUUCUUUCUAAUGAGCACCAAAUUUUUGAAUAUGUUAAAAAACUGAUUUCAACUAACAAAAAAUAUAAAAAUAAUUAUUAAAGUUAAUUAAAAAAUCAAAAGAAGGAUUUCUAACUUACUUAAUUUUUGCAGGUCUUUAUGACAAAAAAACGAACUCGUGAUAACAAAUCUGUCAAUUCGGAAUUCAAAGGAGGUGAUUUGAACAAGUACACUGCCAAAACAUAUGCAAUUCAAAAUGGAAAUGAAGUUUUUGGAGGUUAGUUGAUAAAGGGCAUGUGGGUAAGGGGGGAGGCAUUGUUACAGAAUUUCAGGUUUUUUGGGAGCUUGCAUCGGAAAAUAUUAGAUUUUAAUGAUCGAUGGAAAAAAAUGAUAACUUGAUUUUUUCACGAAGUUUUCAAAAAGCUGAGUUCAACACUUGAGCUUAAUAAAAACAGGUGAUCUAUUUGAACUCAAAUUACUAUUUGAUUCACUCUUACUAUCUCUUAAAAACAAUAUUCAAAAAUUAACUUUAAAUUCAAUUUUAACAAGUGUUAUCUUGGCGUUAUUUUUUGGUUCAAUUAUCAUACAAUGGAACAAUUGAUUUUUUUCCAAUUUUUUUUUUUGAUUGGGAACUUUCAACUCAAUCAAACAGUAUUUUAUGAAGUGAAUAUGUUAUUAUUCUCAAAAUAGUCAAGUUCUGUGAUAUUCCUAAUAUUAAUUUCUGAUAUCUGAUGAAAAUCUAAAAAAUUUCCUUUUUUUUCUCUGCACCUCUUCAAAGACGCACAAACUUUUUGAAAGCUUGUUUUUGGCGUCAAAAUUAUUGAAUAAUCCUCAACAAAACAUAAUUGAGUUUGAGUUAGUGUUUCUCACAACAACGGAUUUGAGUAUGGGAAAAAACGAAGACAAAACAAAUGUGAGUAUUAUGUGGACACAGGUUGUUCACACAUUCAUUAAUUUUAAUCUUUUCGUCAUUGUCUACCAAAAAAACAUAUUUUUAUAUUUCUCUUUCAUCCAAUUCUGAAAAUGAAAUUCAAUCCGAUGUCCUUUUUUGUUUUCCUCUUGUUUGUUUUACACACUGAUUUUCAGUCGGCCGUUUUUCUUUCGUCUACUUUUUCUUAUUUUUUUUCUUAUUCUGUUGCAUUCUUGAAAAAAAAUCACAAGUUUUUAUCGAAUUUUGACGCAUCAACUCUUCUCCCAACAAAAAAUCUUGUUUGCACUUUGUUAAAGUAUAUUUUUCUCUGACAUGAAGUGAAAUGUCAGUGGGGUCAAAAAAUGGAAACGCCAAAAACACACGAGAGGAAAGAAAGGCGGAGAUGCAACACAAAAAAGUCCGUGCUCCGACCGACCGACCGGUUAUUGAAUUUGGGCGCACUUGACAGAAAAUCGGGGGGCCGUUUUCAUGUUUUUUUGUGUGUUGAAAUUGAAACGAAAUCUGUUUCACUUUUCCUUUUUCUUAUUUUUUUUCUAAAGAAAGUUUCAUAGUUAGGAUUUUUGCUUUAGGUGUUUCUUCAGAAUUUGAGAACGGUUUCAGAUGCAGAGUUCCAGGUGUUCAAAACUACUGUACGCCAUUUAGAAAUUCUAAAUUAUGCAUUUAAUUUUUCAUAAUUUAUUUUAAAUUUGAUGAACGUUCAAUAAUUUCAGUUUUACUGAAAAAUGUUUUUAUAACCCAUGAACAAAACUAUUUCAAAGAACUUGAGCUAUUUUUUCAAUGUUUCAAAUAUUGGUGCUUUUGAAUUUUGUUCAUAGAAGCUUUCUGGUUUUAUAACUUUCAGGACAAUUCUCCUAAAGAUGGUUUAUUUCUUGAAAAUCUCUAUCAGAACGAAAUUGUAUUCUAACAAUGUUUGCUAUUCAGUAACUUUUCAUCCAUAAUAUCUCACUUUAUUUUUAUUUCUCGCCCAAAGAAAUCGAGAAAAAAAUUAGAUUUGAAAUAAUAUUUUAUUAGGGAACAGGUAUUUUCACCACUUUACGUUUUUUUUCUGAAAAAUUCCGCGAAAUAUUGUUCAAUUAUGCAACCUGCAUAAUUGACAAGUUUCCCAUUGCGGAAAAUAUGUAUUUCCAAGUUUUUUACUAUUCUUUUGAUGUGUUUUUUACGAGAUAUUGGUAGAAAUUCUUGAGCUUUAACAAUUAUAUAAAUUAUCUACUUGGAUUUUUGUAACAGGUUUUCUGGGUUAUUUUUUGGAUGCUAAAAAAUCGAAAAAGCAUGUGUGAGCUGAAGCGUGCACCGAUUUGAUCGCUGUUUUCCGCCAAACAACUCAUCAUCAUGCACUUUCAUACUUCUGCUCUUCCUUUUUUUUCUUCAUCUAGUUUCACUUUUUUCUGGAACCCAAAUCACAACACAUUUUGUGUCAAGAUUUUGUUACUCCAUUUGUAUUGAGAGUGUCUAGAUUUGAUUAGGUUUCAUUCUUUCCGGUGUGAGUAGAUUUCAUUUCAAUUGUUUGUGUGUUUUUCACAAAACCUGCUUUACACAGAUGUAAAACAAAAAUGUUUUUAUAACUUUUCAUAAAAAUUAUGAAGAGUUGAGUUUUUUAUGAAAUCGUAAAAGAUUUCUUUUCCUUCUUCUUUUUUUGUUAGGAAAAAUUAUAAUUUUGUUUUCUCAAACAAACACAAAACAUUGCUCCUAUUUAUUAUGCAAAAUCAAGAGAGUAAUGGAGGUCUUCAAAAAAAUUAUAUAAUUUUUUGAAGUGCUGAAUUCUAAUUAGAUGUCGGAACUUUUAGAAUUUUUAUUGCAAAAAAAUGUAAAGUACAGCAUUUUUCGUGAUGUGGAUUUUGAUUUUAUGAAUUGUGAGGAUACUAGACGAUAGUAUCAAGCACGAAGUCUAGAAGUGUUUCUAUACUUCUGUUAAAUUCACGCUGUUUUUAAUAAAUAUCUGGAAUCACGUUUUCAUUCAUCAAAUUUUGUAUCUUAAACCUCAAAAAUCAACUCACAUAAAUUUAUGUUGAAUACUUUCAUUGAAAAAUCUGCACUGGUUGUUUUUUGAUAGCCAACAAAAUAUUUUUGUGCUUUGAACAUUUCAAACUAAUUAUCGUUGUUUUUUAUUUUUGUUGUCAAAAUUCGAAACAUAUGUUUUUCAUGUCCGGUAGUUUUUCUUCCCGUUCCAAUCCAUAUGUCUUCUUUUUACUAUCUCUGUCUGUGUUUUUUUCUAAACUUCAAUAGAAAUUAUUAUAAUAAUCCAUGUAUUCUCAUGUUUUUCACAUCACAUUUCCUAAAAAAGCUCGAUUCAUAAAAAAUUUAUAGCCGUGAUAAGUUUUUCUUCAAUAUAUUUUUUUCAAUACUAGAGAUUUUUAAAUAAGCUUCUUCCAGUUUUGUGUAAAAGUGACACAUUUUCCUAUUUUUAUCAGGUUAACUCAUCUGCACUUUUCUCUUUUUUAUUUUUUUAUUUCUUGAUUUUUUUCUGGAUUUACAUCAGACUCUUUCAAAAUUAAUCUGUUGACACCACCUGGUUUUGUGAAUUGUAUCAAAUUUCCAAAAAAGAGCAACAUAGUUUUUUUUCUAGCUAUGCCAGGAACUACGUAGUUAUUAUUGACCAACUCCUAGAAUGACGUUGAACUUUCAAAACUCAAGAAUUGUUUUUCGGCUUGUUUUUUUUUUUGAGUUUCCUUUCUCUAAUAUUAUUUUGAUAAAAAAUUAUUGUUAGAUUUAUUUCCCUCAAACAUCUUUCGACAUUUUUCAAAAAAAAAAACUAUCGGAUUUUCUAAAUUAAUCGAGAAUGCUUUUCAUUUUAUUAAAGUUCACCGAUUUUUCGAAUAUCAUUUUAAAAAAAUCGAUAUUCAUUUUUGAAAAAAUGAACUAAUUCGUUUAAACCAUAUUUUCUUUGGUUUUUCAUUUUUUGAAACCAAGUUUGUAUGAAAAUCUUUGAAUUUUGAAAUUGUGUCUGGGUUACAGACUGAAAGUAUUUUUAGUAAAAGAAAUUGUUUCAUUUGUACCCUCGUGAAAUGUCUUUUGACCUCACGAAUAAUCUACAAUUUUUCAGCCUACACUUCCAAAAAAAAAAUGAAUUUUCAGAGAUAUUCUGAAAAUUCAGACAUAUUUUUUUUCAUAACACUUUUUCUUAUAACUCUCACAUGCAUAUUUAUGUAUAAUUCGAUCAAAAAAUAGAACAAGUUUCAAACUCUACUCUACUCUCUUUCUCUCUCUCUUCAUAAAAUUUCCAUGUUCCUUUAAAAACUACAUGCUCAUCAAACAAAAACCCAUACCAAAAACGAAACACACCACACACACAUCAUUUCCUUCUCCACACCAAGAAACAUUCGAAAAGACAAAGAAGAAAAAGUUGCUCAAAAACGCACGCAAAAAUGUGAAGGAGAGGAGCAGGUCCCACGAGAAUCAACACACAAAAAAUCACAAAAUGUGUCAAUUUUUGCCUUCACACCACACAAAAACACCAACUAGCUCCUAGUUUUAAUAAGAAUUAUAUUCGGUUUAUUUUGUGGACAUUAUUGUUUGGUGACAAAUAAUCACCAAACAAUCAAUCUGAAUUCGAAAUUCGUGGACCACUCGAACCUCCGUCGCUUUCAUCGCGACGACCAUCGUCUUUCGACCCGGAAAUAUUACAACAACAAAGUGAGCCGCCAAUAUGGGGACCUGGUGAAUCUUCUGGAUCAAUAAGUGGACCAUCUGGAACAAGAUCUUCGUUGAGUGGAGCUAGUCCAUCACCUUAUACUUCAUUAUGUCUUUCGAUUUUGGCCACUGCGCCACAACCAAGAAUGGUAAGAAAGUUUGGGAAUUGAUGUGUGUGAUGGCUAGAAAAAUCAUAAUGAAUACAAAAAAUUAUUCUGAUAUUUCCAAAUGUUUGGUUGUUUUGUUUGAUGAGGAUAAAACGAGACAUUGAUUUUGCUAAAAAAAAUAUCUGAAUUUUGAAAUCCAGAAAUCAAAACAAAAACUGAAAAAAUAUGAAUUAUAAGUGUGUAAUCUAGAAAUUUACCGCUGGUUGAUGGAUUACAUUUUGAGAUUUUCAAGCUGUCUGGAUUUUAAAGAGAACUGGAUUUUAAAGAGAAAACUUGAUUUUUUUCAAAAUCUUCAUAUUCAAAUUUUUUUAGUUCCAGUUGUAUCAGAUCUUGUUUUCACAGAAGAAAUUUUUACACUGUCAACUUUUUGAUAUUGGUUAUCUUUAAUUCAUUUCCCCCACCCCUCAUUUAUUUUUUAAAAAUUUUUAAACUUUAUCUGUCUUCUGAAAAUAAUUUAUUUUUCAAAUUUCCGCAGGAAAUUGAAUAUUUUUUUCCUAAAAUAAUUUGAUAUCUCAAACACCAGCUUUUGUGUACAAUAUUGAUUUUUUCUCUUCAAAUUCGUAACUUCCUUAUUGACGAAUUUUUUGAAUCUAGAUCAAUGCUCGAAUUGCGAUGACUGUAGAUGCUCCAAGUAUAAGAACCGAAAACAUCCGAUAUUUUCCGAAAAAAGGCAAAGCUCCCAAAAAACGUGAGUUCAUUUUUAUUUUUGGGUUUUUGUGAGUAACAAACACAGAAUAGUAAUUUAAAAAUUUAUUGCGAAAAAUUGCAAUUAAUCAAACAGGUAAGUGUUGAAAAAUAAUGGACAUUUCAAUUUUUUCAAAGAAAUAUGUAGCGCGAAUGUAUUAUUUCGUUGAUGUAAAAAUAUGUACUUUUUUUGUUUUCUCAUUUUUUUCUGUGUUUAUAAACAUGCAUUUUUUGAAAAUGGACUAGAGUCUUCUUUGUAAACUAUCUUUUUUUCAUUUGUUUUAUGUUAUUCGUGAGAGGAUCUUGUAGGAAUUAAUGUUUUUUUUUGGUAUGAGAAAAGUACUUUUUGUUUUUGAAAAUUUGAUAAGAAUCCCAAAAAUUGGAAGCACAAUUUGGUAGUGUUGUUGUUUAUGUAUCGUGGUCUGAGAUUUGUUUUUGAAUUUUUUGACUUCAGAAAACCACUAUCAGAUUUUUAUUUCCCAAAACUUAGAAAAAAGGUUUUUUCUCUACAUUUUGGAUCAGUAUUCUAAAAAUAUAAAAUAGGAAAGAUUCUGUAAUUCUUAAAAACUCAUACGGUUUUUUAGUCAUCGGAAAAAAUAUUUUCCUAGUACGAUUCCAGACACUGUAAAUAAUAUGAACUAAAUUUUUUCCAUAACUUUGUGAAAUUUGAUUGUGAGCCUAACAUACCCAAUUUUUUUCAAUGUCUGACACCCAAUUUAGAUUCACUAUUCUCAUUUUGAAACAACAAAAUACAAUUUUCGCUGAACAGCUGAAAAAAGUUGCAAUACAUAAGUUCAUUCAACUGUUCUCAACGAAAAAGUACUUUUCUCAUUUUAACUUUUUUUUCAUCUUUUUUCUUGUUCUUCAAAAAUUAUCCAAAUUUCCGUUCGUUUUCACCACUCUUUCUUUAGGACCCCCCUUUUGCCCCGUUAUUUUUCGUAGAAAAACGGGAAAAAAAUAAAAGAUGUAUAUGGUCACUCGAUCGGAUGUGUGAAAAACAUGAAAAAUUAAUUUGUGCGUUGAGUACAACAAACGUUCUUUUUUUCUCCUAUUCUAAAUGAAAUAAGAGCCGAUGAUGACCAUAAAUAUAUAUCGAAGAAUUUUUAAACUGUGUGAGAAGAUAUGAAGUUUUUUUUUCCAUUUCUUGGAAAUUUCCAGGACGAAAUUGGGUAAACAUAAAGGAAACUGUCAAAAAUGACACCAUGGGAAAGGUGUGA